GCACUCAUUGAGCAUCAUGACGAGAAAGAAGUGAAUGACGUCACAUCCGUUCGUCGUAAAGAGAGAUUCAAACAUGGCGACGCUGGCGGAGAAAUCAACGAAGGAGCGUCUUCUUUCUCUUUUGGACGACUUAGAGGUUUUAUCACGGGAGCUGAUAGAGAUGUUGGCACUGUCCAGAAGUCAGAAACUCCCUCAGCCAGGAGAAGACACGCAGAUCUUGGAGCUACUCGUGCAGAGGGACAAGGAGUUCCAGGAGCUGAUGGAGGUGGCACAGCAGCAGGGGAAGGUCCACCAGGAGAUGCAGCUGCUAGAAAAGGAGGUGGAGAAGAGGGACAGCGACAUCCAGCAGCUGCAGAAACAGCUGAAGGAGGCCGAGCACAUCCUGGCCACGGCUGUUUACCAGGCUAAAGAGAAGCUGAAAUCCAUCGAGAAGGCCAGAAAAGGAAGCAUAUCUUCCGAAGAAAUCAUCAAAUACGCUCACCGAAUCAGCGCCAGUAACGCCGUGUGCGCGCCGCUCAACUGGGUGCCGGGUGACCCGCGCAGACCGUACCCUACUGACCUGGAGAUGCGCAGCGGGAUGCUGGGGCACAUGGCCAACCUGCCGUCCAACGGGAUGAACGGACAUCUGCCAGGAGACGCUCUGGCUGCAGGACGGCUGCCUGACGUUCUGACGCCUCACUACCCCUGGCAGCCCUCAGAUGUCUCAGUAGGGAUGCUUCCUCCUCACCAUGGAAAUGACUUCGGCCUGGAGCCGCCGGGUCACAACAAGGAGAACGAGGACGACGUGGAGGCCAUGUCCACAGAUUCGUCCAGCAGCAGCAGCGACUCAGACUGAAACAAAGACAUUGUGUGUGUGUCUGUGUGUGUGUGUGUGUAGGUGUGUGUGUGUGUAAUGUUAGGCAACACUUGAACAUGUAUUUUCUCACGAGGUUUUUUCAACUCCUGACCUAAUGCGUGAAUCAUUUCUGGAAAGGUGAGGUUAUGAAGCGCCGCUCGUUUCCACGCUGUGAAAUGCUGAAAACCUUUAACCCACUUUGUUUCUGUCGCCACGGUGAUGCUGGUUUUUAGAUUCACAAAGUAUUUCUUCCUUCAAGUCAUGCAGUAAAUAUCUCUACUGAAGACAUUAAAAAAACAAAUGCUCCAAAAAGUUAUCAGUAGAUCAAAUCACAAAUUCUUCACUGUUGUGUUUUUAAUGCUCUUUAUUGAGUUUUUACUAGCACACCCUGACUGAUACCUUCAUCCGUCUUGUUUCUGUUUCAGUUAUAAUCCCAGAUAAUUCACAUGAUCAUUCAGUUUAAAAGCUAAAUAGUUUCUCUAUAUUGAAAUGAACUUCCACUUCCACAGUGCCAUCUAGUGUUCAAAUGGAAUAACUCAAAUACUCAGCAUAUAUAGAAGUCGAGAAGAAGUAAAAUGUUCUAAACCUCUGCACAAAAAUGCAACAGAUUCUUUGUCAUCUUCUAUUUGGAUAACAAAAAUGAAACCAAAUUAGGAACUAUGAAUGCAUUAGCAGCAGUCUGUAGUUUUAUGUUUGAAUUUCUCCCUUUCAUUACUGCUUUCUGUUGUCUCCUCACUAUAUGGAGGCUUGACUAUCUCAGUUUUUGCCUCAAACUUUUUCCAUUGUUCUGUGAUAAAUUAGCCUUGUGCUAAACGGCCAAAAUGGCUGCCACUUGUCUGUUUAUAUCACACUUUAAGCCUGAGCUCAACUGUACCAAAACAAGUGAAGUGAAAAUGUUCUUCUCACUUUACUUCUGAUUACACAUAAAGCUUUUUGUAAAGAUUAAACAGGAUAUAAGUUGUUGAUUUUUUUUUUAUAGGGAUUUAAAAAAAAAUUCCCUAUAAUUUUGACUGUAACCAGCACACGUGCCCACUUAAACAAAACCCGUUUCAAAAAGAACAGAAACUCCACCCAGCAGUCAUUUUCUACGUUUAACAACAUGUUGCCUCAUUUCUAAUAAGUCGAUCGACAGUUUUUGUCGUGUGAAUCUUGUUUCAGUGUCGUCAUCCCAGGUUUCCUUUGGAUGUUUUUUUUUCCCCUCUGAAUUCAACCAACAUGAGGAUUGAUGCAGCCAAACAGACCAGCUUGCAUUAGUUUUUACAACCACUGACGUUGGAAUAUUUGUUACAGUCAAGAUUCAAGUUUCCCAAAGUUCUGGUUAAUCUCCAGUAACAACAGCUUACCUGAAAUAAGACAAUGUUGAUGAUUUGUUUUUCUUUUCUUUAAACAUCAGCUGUAAUUGGUUUAAUGUAACCCUGCAUAACAAAACUGUGAGUAUUUAAUGGUCUGUCUCCUCUCUGUGUGAUUCACUGAGUUUUUGUGUUGCAUAACUCCGAUGGUUGCAUGUGGUACAAUAUGUAAAUAAGCUUGUAUAUACUUGUAAAUAAAAUUUUUUUGAAUAGA